CUCUUAAUGGCUCGACGCGUGACAGGUGUUUACAAAACUGACGAUUAUAUCCGUUUAUUAUUUUAUUAAUUUACUUUGAAAGGAAACGUGGGCACAUCACCGUGCUAUAUAAUUACAAAUGAUAUCACGAUCGUCACGAUCUUUGAUAUAAUCGGCAUAUUCAUAAACAUAAUAAAUGAGUUGCUGACAGGGAAAGAUCGAGUACGGACUUUGACGAGAACCUCGACGAAUCGCCUCCUGGAAGACCGAGGGAGUCACAGAGAUGGACGUGAGUUCGUUGUUCAAGGCUAGCGUGAAGGCGGUGAAUCUGCGAAACAGGGACCUCGGUACACCGGCAGCAGAGAGUCAACCGCGAAGGGCCAGGAGCAAGAGCACCUUCUGCGUGAAGGCGCACGCGGUGGUCAUGCAAAUCUCCAAGCUGCGUGAGUUCCUGCUGGAGAACCGCAAGGCCUACCUGAACUUCUCCAACUACCUGUCCGCAGCGCCGCACAUGACGGAUGCGGAGCGCGACGAGAUCGACCUGGGUGCACAGCGGAUAAUGAGCACCUGCUCGCAGCUGGUCAAAGACUUGAAGCGAGAGAUCGCCGCGUCGACGGAGAUCACCCAGCAGAACAUCGAGCAUCGCGAGAUCAUGCUACUGCUGAUAGAGGACUACCUGAAGAACGUCUGCAAGAUAUACUCGGAGCAGAAGGCGAUGCGCGUGAAGAAGGCCAUGGAGAUGCGAAGGAUUUCCAGGCUGCAGGCAAACCAGCCGUCGGCAACGAAAAGAUCGGUCCUGAACGCGGUCGAUUCCGUGGACGAUAAUGAUACCAAGAACGGCUCGAACGAGUCUAGCCCGAUGAAGAUCCAGGAAAUCAACGGCGACGUCAAUACGAUGACAUACGAGGAGGAAUUGUCGGCGGAGGACAUCCAGAUGUUCGAGUCGGAGAAUGAGCAGCUAUACAACGAGCUGAACACCAUGACUGAGGAGGUGAAGCAGAUCGAGAGCAAGGUAGUGCACAUCGCUGAGCUUCAGGAGAUCUUCACGGAGAAGGUUCUGGACCAAGACAAAGACCUGGACAGGCUAAUGACGACAGUGGUCGGAUCGACGGAGAACGUGAAGGAGGCGAAUGAGCAGAUCCGCCAAGCGAUCCAACGGAACGCCGGUCUCAGGGUGUGGAUCCUCUUCUUCCUUCUGGUGAUAUCGUUCUCGCUGUUGUUUCUCGAUUGGUACAAUCCAUAAGAGUCGACAGAUCUUCGAGUUGUUCUUAAAAUACGAGAGUGAGGAAAGGCGAUGUACAUUUACAAGAGAUGUUUGAUAUCCGUAAAACGUAUUUCUGUUAUUAAAUUAUUGAAUUUUACUAAUUUUCGAUAUGGAUCGUAUCAAUUGUUACUUUCGUAAAAAUGAAAGAAGAGACGUUAAAAGGUUGGAAGAAUAGAAAGAAAAAAGAGAGGGAGAAACGUUUGCCAAAAAAUAUGUUGCUAUAUUUUAUCCCCGGACAUUAUUGUACAUAAUAGCUAUAACUUACUAUAUGCGGGGAAUAAACAAAAUAAUAUGAAUAUCUAGGAAAUAUACGACUUAUUUUAUAUUUUAUCAAUAAAAGGUUGGCCCACCAUUUGCUUUUGAUGCAUAUCUUCUAUCUUUGUUGGAAUAGAGUCAUACAAUGCUUAAACAGUUACCAAUAAAAUAUCAUACUGCUUUAGAAGAACAUCUUUCAAUUGCUUAUAUAAAUAAUAUUGAAGGAAAAAAUUUACUUUUCAUUUUGUUUUUUAAAAUUUUCCUCUAUUCUGAAAACUUCUUUCCUGGUCUGUAAUCACCUGAUUAUAGGCUGGGAAAGAAGAGUUAAAUAAAUCAUUUGUAGUUUUGAAGAACAGAAUGAGACUUCUUCUUUCGAUAUCUUUUAAUUACAGGAUGUUCUGCUGGAAGAAUGGUAUAAUAUUACAUUGUAGCAAUUGCUGCACUAUUCAAGCAUGUAUGAUUCUAACAAGGAUGGAAUCUAUAACAGUACGCCAACUUCUUAUCAAUAAAAUAAGUAGAUAGAACAUCUUUCAAUUGCUUAUAUAAAUAAUAUUGGAGAAGGAAAUUUACUUAUCACUCUAUUUUUCAAAAUUGUUCUCUUCUUUAAAACUUCAACAUCUUUCUUGGCAUAUAAUAGCCUGAUUUAAAUAUUAAGUUAUUUAUAGUUUUGAAGAGUAGAGUGAGAUUUCCUCCUCCAACAUCUUUCAAGCAAUUAGAAGAGGUUGUAUUGUAUUUCUCUGGUAUUCACAUAUUUUGUCAAUUUCCUGUACAUAUAUAUAUAUAUACACA